AUCUUAUCAAUUAUUUUAAAAUUUAAGAAUGAAAAAUACAAAACUUUUCCAUCUAAAGAAUCUGCCUACGUAACUUCGAGCAAAGGAAAAGAAGAGGAAGAAGGACAGAAAUAGACAAACGAAAAGAAGUUCGAAAUGCGUCAUUCCGCGUUUGUUGGCCGGCAACAGGGGCACGCGAUAAGCCUCGAAAAGCCUCGUAAAUUGCGGCAGAGGCGUAGAUAACGAGGCGCAUUGGCGUGACCUUCUCGCGGCGAGCGUUCGCGGGCCGCUUUAAGGCCGCUUUUAAAGCCAUUGCUGCGACUGAUAACGACGUGAUCGGCGAGAUCGCCGCGAGCGCAUGCGUUUUCACUCGCGAAUUCUACACGCCAUUCAAGUUUCAAUAGCCGACCUUCACCCUAUGCGUUCAACGCUAGACGAUCGAGCGUUAAACGGGCCCGAUCCACGAGCGGUUGCGGAAUCGGCGUGAGUCACUCGAGUGCCGAGAUAUCGAUAAUACAUGAAUGAUAAUACAGCAAUUCCUAGGAUCAUCUCCGUCCAGCAAACGAGAAACUUUGCUAUCACAUUGCUCGUGGAAGCUUCGUUGGUGAUUUCCUGUUACACGGUCCCAUCGGAAGCGCGGGUUUACGUGACGAGGUUCCAUUUGCCGAUCUCGCGGGAAUGUCAAGGUUCCCGGUGCAAUUUCACGCUGAAACGCGAUUCGUGCGUCCAACAUUUCCAGCCCAACCCCACCGUAGCUUCCGUGGAAAACUUGGCGGGACCAUCGGCUAUCGAACGAGGCCGAAAAUUGGGUCAAGUGCGGAUUUCCCAAGGAAACGCAUGAAACCGUCCUCGUGAAAAGAGGGAAUAGAACAGGUAGGUAG